UGGCGGGGUGUGGCGGUGUCCAAGGGCGGGGAAUCGCGUAAUGGCGGACGCGGGCCGGACUAUCACGGCUGGGGGCGUAGCGCGUUGAGGGGGUCCGGCUGUGUAGCCGCCUUGAGAGUCGGUCGGCGGGAGCAGGCCAGCUUCAGGGACUGGGCGGGAGGCCGGCUCUUCCUGUCUCAGGGCGACAGAUCGAGGCCAGGUUGUUUUUCAUCAUUCAGAACAUUGCCUGAAGCAGGUCCGCCAUGCCGUUAGUAACUAGGAACAUCGAGCCAAGGCACCUGUGCCGUCAGAAGUUGCCUCGCGUUAGAAAUGAGCUGGAAUGCGUGACCAACAUCGACCUGGCAAAUGUCAUCCGACAGCUGGGCAGCCUGAGUAAAAAUGCAGAGGACAUUUUUGGAGAGCUCUUUACUCAGGCAAAAACCUUUGCCUCUCGGGUAAGCUCACUUGCUGAGAGGGUCGACCGACUACAAGUUAAAGUCACUCAGCUGGAUCCUAAGGAAGAAGAAGUGUCACUCCAAGGAAUCAACACCCGAAAGGCCUUCAGAAGCUCUACCAUUCAAGACCAGAAGCUUUUUGACAGAGACUCUCUCCCAGUGCCUAUCUUAGAAACCUACAGUACCUGUGAUACUCCUCCUCCUCUUAAUAAUCUUACCCCUUACAGGGAUGAUGGAAAAGAGGCACUCAAAUUCUAUACCAACCCUUCAUACUUCUUUGAUCUUUGGAAGGAGAAGAUGCUGCAGGACACCAAGGAUAUCAUGAAAGAGAAGAGAAAGCACAGGAAAGAAAAGAAAGAUAAUCCAAAUCGAGGAAAUGUAAACCCACGUAAAAUCAAGACACGUAAAGAAGAAUGGGAGAAAAUGAAGAUGGGACAAGAAUUUGUGGAGUCCAAAGAAAAGCUGGGACUUUCUGGGUAUUCUCCUGCCUUGGUGUACCAGAACGGCAGCAUCGGUUCUGUUGAAAAUGUGGAUGCAGGCAGCUAUCCACCACCACCGCAGGCAGACAUCGCCUCAUCACCUUCUCCUUCCUUCUCUGAGGACAACUUGCCUCCCCCCCCAGCAGAAUUCAGCUAUCCGGCAGACAACCAAAGAGGAUCUGUUCUGGCUGCACCCAAAAGAUCCAGUGUGGUCAGCCCAAGCCAUCCACCCCCAGCUCCUCCUCUGGGCUCUCCACCAGGUCCCAAACCUGGAUUUGCUUCACCACCAGCCCCGCCACCUCCACCUCCCCUGGGGAUCCCGCCUCCACCACCAGCUAUGGGAUUUGGGUCUCCAGAAACCCCUCUGCCACCUUCACCCGCAUCUUUUCCACCUCACCCUGAUUUUGCUGCCCCUCCACCCCCUCCACCACCACCAGCAGCUGACUACCCAACUCUCCCACCACCUCCCAUGUCCCAACCAGCUGGGGGUGUGCCUCCCCCACCGCCUCCCCCACCCCCUCCAGGGCCCCCACCACUGCCCUUCAGUGGUGGGGAUGGCCAGCCUGCCGUACCACCACCACCAAUUUCUGAUGCCACCAAGCCCAAGUCGUCCUUGCCUGCCGUGAGUGAUGCCCGUAGCGACCUGCUUUCCGCCAUCCGUCAAGGCUUUCAGCUGCGCAGGGUUGAGGAGCAGCGGGAGCAAGAGAAGCACGAUGUCGUGGGUAACGACGUGGCCACCAUCCUGUCACGUCGCAUUGCUGUUGAGUACAGCGACUCAGAAGAUGACUCCUCUGAGUUUGAUGAAGACGACUGGUCCGAUUAACUCUGCCUGCGGCCCACCUCUUUCUACUUUCCUUCCUGCCUGCCUUCUUUGAUACCUAUCCCAGUAGUCCCACGGGGAGGAAGAGGGAGGAAAGAAGAAUUUCCAGGGGCCAAAGCCUUUCCUGAAGCAGCCAAAGACAUAUCCAAGUGCUUCCUCCAAAUGAACAUGUUGUUUCCUCUCCCCACUGUCAGGCCCAUGGGGUUCCGUAGCUGAGCUGUUCCCUCUUCCUUUCAAGGACUGUUCCAUAGUGAAAGGAAGGAAAAACCCCAAAGCAGAGCCCUUUGAUAGAGAUUUAGUUGGAAAUGGUGCCUUCCCUGGGAGCCAUUUUCAUUUGUGGCCUUUUCCCAAAAUCCUUGACCUCUGCAAUUUCAAAUCAUGACCCUCCUUUUCUGGUCCUUCGAGGACACAGCCAGGCUUGGGAGGGCAGCAGGCUCAGUGCCCCCAAGCCAAACUGCCGCGCCCCUCUGCCCCACCCUCCGCCUAAUCAACUGGGUGGGGCUGCCUUUUGCUCUGCAGUCUCUCAUGCCCUUUACUCCCGGAGGCAUCGGGCUCUUAAAGAAUGUCUCACCCUCUCUGCCCAGAAGUGAUGUCUUCUAAAGGCUGAGGCUGUUGUCUCCUUCCCUGGCUCCCUUUUACUGAGCAUGGUGUUCAGGGGUCCUUCAGAUGCCCCUCGCUCCCACCCUCCUAGGUGCCUGUAGGCCACACAGCCCAGUUUUAACCUCUGGUAUCCAUGACCAAACUAGCCCUGGCACAUGGACCUGGGCCUCUGCCAGCUGUCAGGAGCAAAGCUUAGAGACUUGGAAGUACAAGACUGAGAGGAUGGUGGAACUCCUUGGGCCCCACCUUUUUAAAGAUGCCGAGGCCUAGAGAUAGGAAGUGACUUGCACAAGGUCACACAGUUGGAUAGUGACAGAGCACGAGCCCUGACUUGCUGAUUCCAAGUCACCUGUGUUUUCUGGGACCAAAUAAUGAGCGCCUACUGGAGUCUGGGCAGAGCAGCCUUGGCUCUGUGCUCCUCCAGACUUCCCCAUAGGCGGGGGUCCCAGUUGGAGGGCUUCAGCCUGUGCCAGCUCUGCCAGUGCUGCUCAGACCUUUAUCGCCUCUCGUAACCCUUUGUUGCCUUCUUCCUAUCACCAGCCAGCCAUGUGGCCUAGGAGCUGAGCUUCUAGGAGACCAGAAGUAGGAAGAAGAGGGGCCAGGCAGUUUUGACAGAUGCUGUUUUCCGUGCCGCCACAGCUCCACCCUCUUUAUUUCCCCAAUUUAAGCAUAGGUUCUGCCAGCUGUAGAAACUUCAGUCCCUCAGGCUGGCAGCUGCCGCAGGUACCUGCCUGGGGGGACCUGGCAGCGUGAAGAGAGCUGAAAGGCUGAGCGACUCAGGGUCCCCUUCUUGUCUCCCCCAUCACUGCACAUGGUGAUGUUAGUCCUCCCUCGACUUUUCCCAGAGCUAAUACACAGGUGCUAUUAUUCAGGAAAAAACUGGUCAGCUCUGGCCAACAGCAAGGUUCCUUCUCUUCUGCCCUAACUAUUGUGUAGCCUCUUACGCUGAAAUCUGCUUCUCCUGACUUCUCCGGCUUUCAGAGCCUGAAACAAAGAGAAACAAGACCUGUCUACCCAGCACAGCAAAUGGUUGUAGUAAUUGCCAAAGCCCUUGUAAACCCCUCUGGCUUGAGGAGGGUAACUGUGGGCACUGCUGCCUGCCCUUGUGAAUACCUCCCUCUGCCUCCUUCCUUGAACUCGGACAUGCGGACUGAGCCUGCAAGUGCCAGCAGGUCCUCCUGCUGUGGCCGCUCUAGAGUGUGCCCUCCUCCCACCCCCUAGGUUGCCACAGGGCUUGGCACCCAGCUUCAUGCUGAGCACGCCAGGGUCUCCCACCUGCACUUCCGAAGCUGAAGCUGCCUUCCUCAGAACCCUGAAAUGGCUGUUGAAGGUGCCGCAGCUGUGGCUCAGCAGAGGCUGCAGAGGCAGGUGGAGGGCACCCGUUCUCCAAAAUAGGAGUCCUGGGGCCUGGCCAGGCCAGGGUUUGGGCCUAAUGGGUUUGGCUAAAUUACCUCCAUCCUCCUUUUUUCCGGAAAAUGGGGAGCCAGAGCCACUCACUAACAUUUCGCUCUGACCUUGAAAGAGGCAGUGUUGGCCUGGCUUCUGCAAUGGACAGAGUCCACCCUGGAAAGGGCUGGGGGCAGGAGGAGGUGGGGAGGGGCUGUGCCUGCGGAAGGUAGGAUUAGAUCAUUAGCUCAGUGACCUCCUAGGGUUUCGAUGUGCUGUGUUCUCAUCCUACAGCUGGUUUGGUAAUGAUCUGCAAGUCCCGGAGAGCAACAGCACAGCUCUGCCUAACGCUCUCAUUAAAAUCCAUGCAGCCAAGCUCGGCGCUUUGUAGCAGCCGGCCUUGCGAAGCCGCCUCAGCUCAGGGGGCUGGGGACCCAGUCAGCUGAGAGGCCCUCUGGGCUCUACUAUGCAUAUGUGCACCAAAAAAAAAAAAAAAUUUCUUUAAGCCGAGAGCCCUUUAAGAUGAUAAGAACCCAAUGCAGGUAGGCAUGUGUUUUGGAAUCCUAUAGUUGUAGAAUGCGAAGUUCAGUGAUUAUUUUAAACUGGGCUGAGGCUGGAAGGAGAAUGGAACAAUGGCCCAUAAGGGCUCUUAAGCACUGAAGCCGAAGAGCCACCUCCCUUCCUGGCCUGCUCAGCCCAGGGGACCUGCCCCCACAGUACUGUGGCCCAGGGACCCAGUUUCCAAUCGGCAGUGUCAGAAGUGACUUGUGGCUUUGCCUCGGUCGUGAGAUGAUUUCAUUCCAGAGGAGUGGGUUGGAGGGGGGGCGUCCCUUGGAGGCUCAGAGCAGCUGGCCCAAGCUCCAGCUCGCUUCUAGUGGAAGCUCGAGCGCCCUCCGAAACGACCCUGGCCAAUGUCACCGCAGAGCUGAGGCGGUGUUGUCAGGGCUAAUGUGAAAUCUCUUCCCGUGGCACCGAUCCUCCGGCUCUGCAGCGCCAGCUUGGACAGAUUGAGGUCUCUGUGGCUUUGGUGACCCUGCUUAAGCAUUCCCACCGUGUCCCUGCUCUGCUCUAGGACUGCCCCCUGCUGCGGCCCCUCGCCUGACCUCGGGGCCUAGGGAGGGAGGCGGGUACGCCAGGGCAAGGCGCUUCUGCUCAGGAGAGAUGUCAGCCUUCCUGGGGGCAUCAGGCUUUGAGCUCUGCUGGGGUCCGGCUGACCUGGGACCAGAUGUUGCACAGAAAAGUGCCUCACUCUGCCUCCUGCCAUGUUCGCUGUAACAGUGCCUCAGUGAGGGCCGGGGAACAAUUUUGUUACUGUAUUAACUUUAUUCAGUUAAUUCACUUGAGAAACUAACCAAUUUUUACUUUCUGUCUAGAAUGAUGUAUGCAUAGGAGAGUAAGUCGUAAUGCUCCCAAAGUGCCUUGUUUUCUCUGAUAUAAAUAUAUUUAUAAGGACAUAUUCCAGUGGGUUUUUGGGUGUGUGUGUGCCACAUCAGGGUUUUAGGGAGUGAGCAAAUCUGCAGUGGGGAUAUCCCCUGAAAACAGGUCCUCUCCCCAAGGUUGGGACAGGAACUCUUCAGUUAAGAGAUCUGAUCAAUGGGGUUAAGCCAAACCCCUGAAGUGACCUUUUCCUCAUCCGCCCUAUUCAGACCCUCAGGAAGACAUCCAGUUUCCUAAAGCCCUGCAGCACCAAACCCGGUCUCAUUUGCUUGCCUGCUGGUCCUAUGUGUACCACUUUCGUACCCCAGUGACCCAAAGUUCCGUGUAACUGUUCUACAUAUGCACAUGAACACUGAAAUGCCAACAUUUUCAGUAAUUUGAUAAAACCUCUGUAGCCACUCA